GAAAAUUUUUUAUUUUUUUGCUCAGUUGGAUACCAGUAAAAAAUUUUUAUUUGCCUCAAGAGAGCACCAAAAAUCAAUAGAGCGUAGCGGCGAAAAGAGCGAGCAGAUUGAAGCUUUUCUUCUCUUUUCAGCAGUACUCGACACCUAUUUUCCUCAUACUUUUUUCCAGGACUCUAUUAGAGGGAGGAACAAAGCCGAAAAGCAAACAUAUAGAAUACACCGGGCAUAUACCGUUUACGCUAGUACUUUCUUUCAUAACAUAAACGACCAUGGCAGUUUCCGCAUCCAAGCAGAAGCGUCUCGCAGCGAAGGCGGCCAAGGCAGCGGCCAAGUCUGGCAAUGCUGGUAAUGCCGGCAAUGCCGGUGAGGCCUCCGGAGCCAGCACGCCCGGCACCGCCACACCCGGAACGGCGACGCCGACGGGCACUGAGGGUGGCAAGGGUCUGGCCAAGACGAUGAGCCAGCUGAAGCUGGUGGUUGAUCGGUCCGCGACCGGAGUUCUGACAUCGGCGCCGCUGUCGCGCGACAUCCAGAUUGACUCAUACACGCUGUCGUUCCACGGACGCAUGCUGAUUGAGAAUGCGUCGGUGGAGCUCAACUUUGGCAACCGGUACGGUCUGCUUGGCGACAACGGCAGUGGUAAGACGACAUUCCUGCGGUCAAUUGCCGAGGGCGACAUUGAGCUGCCGCCGCACAUGGACACGUAUCUGCUGAGCGAGGAGGCGGAGCCCACGGAGCUCUCGUCGCUCGAGUAUGUUGUCAAGACGGCGCAGGACGAGCUGAUCCGUCUCGAGCACGAGCUGGAGGAUCUGCUGGCGUCUGAGGAGGGCGCGGACAACCCUCUGAUUGACGAUAUCUACGAGCGUAUUGAUCAGCUGGAUGCCAGCACGUUUGAGCCGCGCGCGGCCGAGCUGCUGCAUGGACUGGGAUUCGAUAAGGAGCGCAUGAAGAUGCCGACCAAGAGUCUGUCUGGAGGCUGGCGUAUGCGUGUGGCGCUGGCCAAGUGCCUGUUCAAGAAGCCGACGGUGCUGCUGAUGGACGACCCGACGAACCAUCUUGAUCUGCAGUCGGUGGUGUACCUUGAGGAGUACAUGAAGACGUACAACCGGAUUCUGCUGAUUGUGUCGCACUCGCAGGACUUCCUCAACAACGUGUGCACGCACAUCAUCCACCUGACGCCGAAGCGGCGGUUGGUGUACUAUGGUGGUAACUACGACACGUUCGUGCGGACCAAGGCCGAAAACGAGGUCAACCAGAUGAAGGCGUACGAGAAGCAGCAGGCGGAGAUUGAGCACAUCAAAAAGUUCAUUGCGUCGGCGGGUACGUACGCGAACCUUGUGCGGCAGGCCAAGUCGAAGCAGAAGAUCAUUGACAAGAUGGAGGCGGCGGGUCUGAUUGAGAAGGUGGAGGCUGACCGCAAGUACGUGUUCCGGUUCCCGGACACGCCCAAGCUGCCGCCUCCUGUGCUGAGCUUCGACGACGUGACGUUCUCGUACGACGGCAACCCCGACAAUGCGCUGUACUGGGAGGUUGACGCGGCAGUGGACAUGGACUCGCGGAUUGCGCUGAUCGGCCCGAACGGAACCGGCAAGAGUACGCUGCUGAAGCUGAUGACGGGCGAGCUGGACGCGACCGAGGGCCGUGUGCAGCGGCACACGCAGCUGAAGCUGGCCAAGUACAGCCAGCACUCGAACGACCAGCUGGACCAGGACAAGUCGCCGAUCGACUAUCUGCGCGACAAGUUCCCGAAGAUCUCGCAGGACAUAGACUUCUGGCGGCAGAACCUGGGGCGGUUCGGUCUGUCGGGUGGCCACCAGACCAGCCCGAUCAGCACGCUGUCGGAUGGGCUGAAGAGCCGGCUGGUGUUUGCCGAGAUUGCGCAGCAGGCGCCGGGCAUUAUUCUGUUUGACGAGCCGACCAACGGUCUGGCGCCCGAGGCCAUUGAUGGGCUGGCGGAUGCGAUCAACCACUUCAGCGGCGGCGUUGUGCUGGUGUCGCACGACUUCCGGCUCAUCAGCCAGGUGGCCAAGGAGCUGUGGCUGUGCGAGAACAAGCAGAUUACCAAGUUUGAGGGCUCGAUCGAGAAGUACAAGGAGUCGCUGCGCAAGGGCAUCACCAUCAAGCAGUAAAGCAGAUAUUGGGGAGAUCCGAGGAAGCUUGCGGGGGGUCCACCAAUUCGGAAACGGAUCUCUGGG